UAUAUUUACCUUAAAAAUAUAUUUUUGGUAUAAAUUAGAAAAAAAAAAAAAUACAUUUUUUAAAAGCGAAAAAUAAUUUACUUUUAAAAUUUAAUUGAAAUUGUGUUAAAAUUUUUAAUAAAAUUUUUGUUUUUGAUAAAACAUAAAUUAUAAAAAUAAAAAAUUAUAUUUCGGUUUCAUUAAAGAAAUUAACCAUAAAAGAAAAAAAAAAUUAAGAAGAAAAAAAAAAAGCAUAAAUUUUCUCUUGUUGUUUGCUUAUUGGAACACGACAAAAAAAAUUUUUUUGGCUUUAGUUAAAACGAAAAACAACAAAUACACAGAAAAAAAACCUUUUUAACGAGUGUAGUACAAACAUUUUUUUUUUUUUAUUAAAAUAUAAAUAACAGAAUUUCCUGUUAAAUUUAAUAUUUUAAUUAAAUAUUAAUUAAUUAAAAUCAAGUGACUAAAUUUAGAAAGUACGCCCGAUAAUAAGGAUUAAAUAUUUUCAAAUUACUUUCACAACAAUAGAAGAAGAUUAACCAAAUUUAAUUCUAUUUUAAUAACAAAAGAAAAAACUACAAAAUAACAAAAAAGAAAAAGGAAAAAUAAUACAAAAUGCCAGCGGAAACGAAAUCUCCUACAUCCGUUGGUCACCAACCAGUGACUGAAACACCAUCUAAAAAGAAAUCGGUUUCAUCAUCAUCAUCAUCUGGUAAAGCUGCAUUAGCACGUGUUACAUUAUUAGACGGUUCAAUAUUGGAUGUAACAAUUGAUAGAAAAGCUAAAGGACGUGAUCUUUUAAAUUCAAUAUGUGCUGGUUUAAAUAUAUUAGAGAAAGAUUAUUUUGGUUUAAUAUAUUCAACACCAAAUGAUCCACGUUGUUGGUUAGAUUUAGAGAGGCCAGUAGCAAAAUUCUUUAAAACAGAUCCAUGGGUGCUACAAUUUGCUGUAAAAUUUUAUCCACCAGAACCAUCACAAUUACAAGAAGAUAUAACUAGAUAUCAUUUAUGUUUACAAGUACGUAAUGAUAUACUUGAAGGUAGAUUACCAGGUUCAUUUGUUACAUAUGCCCUAUUGGGUUCAUAUUUAGUACAAUCAGAAAUGGGUGAUUGGGAUAUAAGAGAGCAUAAUGAUCGUCGUUAUCUAAGAGAUUUUAAAAUUGCUCCAGAACAAACAUCAGAAUUAUUAGAUAAAGUUAUUGAUUUACAUAAAACUCACAAGGGACAAUCACCUGCUGAAGCUGAAUUACAUUAUUUGGAAAACGCUAAGAAAUUAACAAUGUAUGGUGUUGAUUUACAUCCAGCUAAAGAUUCUGAAGGUGUUGAUAUUAUGUUAGGUGUAUGUGCGUCCGGUGUAAUUGUUUAUCGUGACAAAAUGAAAAUUAAUCGUUUUGCAUGGCCAAAAAUAUUAAAACUUUCAUAUAAACGUCAUCAUUUUUAUAUUAAAAUCCGUCCUGGUGAAUUUGAACAAUAUGAAUCAACAAUUGGUUUUAAAUUAGCAAAUCAUCGUGCUGCUAAAAAAUUAUGGAAAUCAUGCGUUGAACAUCAUACAUUUUUCCGUUUAAAAACACCAGAACCAACGAAUAAAUCAACUUUAUUCCCGCGUUUAGGUUCAAAAUUCCGUUAUUCCGGAAGAACAAUGUAUGAAGCAAGAAAAAAUCCAGUCGAUCGUCCAACACCAACAUUUGAUAGAAGUUUAUCAGGUCGAAAAUUAGCUAGCAAAAGUAUGGAUGCAUUGGCAUUACAAGAACAAGAGAAAGAACGUGAAGCUGCCAAAAAACGUCAUACAAUGAAUAAUCCACCAGAACAUAUACCAGAUUUGGAUUCACCACGUAGUAGAAGCCCACUCAAAAAGGAUAAAAAAGAAAAACUGAAGCGAGAAUCGAGCACUGGUACAGCUUCAGCUUCAUCACAGAGUUCAAUUGAAGGCGAUUAUGAUACCCAUGGGAAACAUGUUGAUGAACAUGUUCCUUCUGGAGCGGUAUCAGUCCUACCGACUGAAAAAUCUAAAAAGGAAAAAGAAAAGAAGGACAAGGAGAAAAAAGAAAAAGAGAAACCUGAAAAAAUUCUUGCUGGAGCUGUUAAUGGUAAUGAAACUGAUCCGAAUGAUUCUGGUAAAUCUGAUGAAAAAUCUCCAGGAAAAGGAUUUGGCAGAGGUGGUAUCUUCUCUUCUGGUCGAAAAUCACCAAAAGAUAAAAAAGAAAAAGAAGAAAAAGAACGACGAGAAAAAGAAGAGAAAGAACGUAAGGAACGAGAAAGAAAAGAAAAAGAACGUGAAGAAAAAGAACGAAAAGAGAAAGAACGUAAAGAAAAAGAACAAAAAGAUAAAGAAAAGAAAGAUAAAGAUAAAAAACAAAAGAUUGCGAUUGCAGUUACUGUACCAGAAAUACCAGAUGUUGAAAUACGUAAAUCAGAUAAAGAUAAAACAUUUAUUGGUGGUAAUGAAAAAGCUGGUCAUACACGACCAUAUGAAUAUAAUGAAACCGAACAAGAUUUAAGUCCAACACGUAAAAAAUAUAUUUCUGGUGGAUUCCGUUAUGAUGAAGAUCCAAGUGCUAGAAAUUCACAAAAUCAAGAUAAUGCUGAAGAUCAACAAUUAAGUCCAAAUUCACGUAAACGUAUUGGACUGGCAUUCAAUUAUGCACCAGGUGAUGAUGAUCGUCUUAAAGAACAAGCUGAUAAAUUGAAGCAUGGUCAAUUAUCACCUAGAACAAAAGAAAAAUUAGAUAAAGGUCAACUUUCACCAAAAACACGUGAAAGACUACUUAAAGAUGGCAAUUUAUCACCUAGAACAAAACAGAAAUUAAUGACACCAGUUUCACAAUUACCAGAAAAUGCUACACCAUUAAAAGAUGUUCACGGUCAAUCAUAUAAUCCAAAUAGUGGAAGACAAGGUUAUAUGUCCGGUGCUCCAGGAACAUAUAAACCAAUUGAUGAUGCUUCCACUGCAUUCCUUAAUGCAGAACGUGGUGGUGUUCUACCACCAGACGUUAAACCAGUUGUUGCUGGUGCUGUUAAACCUCCUUUAGCAGCAGCUGCAGCAUCUAAACCUAAAAAGAAGCGUGUUAAAAUUAUGGUGAUUAUUUCUAGAUUUGAUCCACAAACGAAAAGAGUUGAUACAGAAAAUGGUACAGUUGAACAUUCAACUGGUAUUUUGGAUCCGGAAACAGGUUUGAUUGAAACAAAAUAUGGUGUUGUGGAUCCUAAGAGAGGAACAUUGGAAGCAUUAAAUACAUCAACAGGUCAAAAACAAUUAUAUAAAGGUGUUCUUGACCCUAAAACUGGAAAUAUUCAUUUAACUGAAGGUGUAGCAUCACCACAAACUGGUAUUAUUGAUGAUUAUUUGGGUCAAGUGAUUGCAAUCGCUCCUCAAGAUAAUCCAAUAGUUGAGCUAACAGUUAUUACGAGUCGAAUUGAUCCAAAUACCAAGAAAGUUGACAUUGUUAACGGCGAAGUUGAACGUUCUUUAGGUGUUUUAGAUUUGGAAACCGGAAUAAUUGACACUAAAUAUGGUGAAAUAAAUCCUAAGACAGGUGAAGUUAAAACUAUUGAUCCCAAAACAAAUAAACUAGUAACGAUGAAGAAUGCUUCUGUAGAUCCAACUACCGGCCAGAUAGUAAUUUCCGGGGUCACAGAUCCUAAAUCUGGAAAACUUGAUCCAUCUAUGGGUCGGUUGGUUGAAGUUGGGCAACAAAUUGAUCCAGUUGUUGAAGUUGCUACCAUUUCUGGUAAAUUAGAUAGCAAAAAAGGUGUUAUUGAACCAAAAACAGCUCAAGUAGAAACUUCAAUUGGUCAAUUUGAACCCAAGAGCGGAAAAGUUGAUACAAAAUAUGGUCAAAUAGAUUUGGUUAAACACACAAUUACAUUUAUUGAUCCUAAAACUGGUAAAUCAACUGUUAAAGAUGUUAAAAUUGAUCCAUCCACGGGUCAAAUUGUUUUGAAAAAUCAAAUUAAUCCUAAAAAUAAUAAACCAGAUAAAGAUUAUGGAAGAAUUGUUUCUCUACGAAUUGUUCAAAAUCGUGUUGACCCUAAAACGAAUAAACCUGUCGAAAAGCCCAAAGAAGAUAAAGAUAUUAUUGUUGAUCCAAAAACAAACCAAAUAUGGAUUGCUACGGGUACCAAGGAUCCAAAUUCAAAAGAAAACUUAUAUACGUCGAGUGCUGUUGAUCCAAAAACUGGCUAUGUUAUUACGAUUUAUGGUUAUUUGGAUCCAAAAACUAACGAAAUUAAAAAACAAAUUAAAGUAGAUCCGAAUCUAAUACGCGUUGAACCAGAUAGUGGUAAAGUAUAUACAGCAACUGGUGAUGUAGACCCCAAUACCGGUGAACCCUUAUAUGCAACAACUCAAGUUGAUCCCGAUAGUGGUGAAAUUUAUACAAAAGUUGGUAAAGUUGAUCCAAAAACUGGUAGAAUAAUUUUAGUAAAAAUAUUCUUAGUUACAAAAACUGAUGAACGUGGCCGACCUCAAGAAAUUGAUCCACAAACAUGCGAUAUUGAUCCGAUAACGGGUCGUAUUAAUAAAAUAUUUAAUAAAACUGUUUAUGUAUAUAAUAUGGUUGAUCCAAUAACUGGUGAAAUUAUACAGGUUGAUCCUAAUGAUCCAAGAAUUGCUGGUGCACGUACAACUGUUACUCAAACGAUGACAUUAAGUGGUGAAAUUGAUCCAGUGACAGGACGUAUUAAAACUGAAUAUGGUCAUAUUGAUCCCAAUACUGGUGAUAUUGAUCCAGAAACAGCUGUUAAAGAUCCUGUAACUGGAAAAUUAAUAUUAAAUUAUGCUCAAAUUGAUCCAAGUCAUUUUGGUAAAGAAGUAACUGUUACAAAAGAAACUGUACCAAUAACACGUGAUCAAUUCUUUGAGGGUAUUAAACAUAUGGGUAAAAAUGCAUUAAGACGAGAUUCUGAAGGUAGUUCAGAUGAUGAUAUGACAGCACAAUAUGGUACAGAAAAUAUUAAAGAAAUGCAGUCUGGUACACCAAAAGCAUACGGUAAACAAACAACAACAACAACACCAAGUUCAAUUGUUAAUAAAUUUGCUGGUACACCAACUGUUGUUAAAACUACAACAAAACAAAUUUUAACAAAGAAUGAAGACGGUGUCACUCAUAAUGUUGAAGAAGAAGUCAGAAAUUUAGGAACUGGUGAAGUUACAAUCUCAACACAAGAGCACAAGGCCGAUCCAGCUCGUGAUGAUACUAAAGCUAGUGGUGCUUUUAUAACAGCAACAGCGGUAACAACAAGAACAGCAACAACACAUGAAGAUUUAGGUAAAAAAGCAAAAACAGAACAAUUAGAAGAAAAAACUGUUGCAACAACACGUACACGUGAUCCAUUAGAUCCAAGAAAACAGGAACAACGUGUUGUUACACAAGAAGUUAAAACGACAGCAACUGUAACAAGUGGCGGCGAUCAGUACCAAAGGCGAGAUAGCAUAUCUUCAACUAGUUCAGGUGAUUCAGGUACACCAAUUGAUGGACCAUAUGAUGGAACAAUUAUUACUUAUCAACAGACAGACACAGCAGUGCCUCAUGUUGAACAACGACGAGUUAUUUUAGGUGAAGAAACACCAAAAUAUAGUGCAACUGGUGAAAUUGUUUCAUCUCAAACAGUUAGCAGUAAAACAAGAACUGUUGAAACGAUUACAUAUAAAACCGAAAGGGACGGAAUUGUUGAAACCCGUGUCGAACAGAAAAUUACCAUUCAAUCAGAUGGUGAUCCAAUUGAUCAUGACAAAGCUUUAGCUGAAGCAAUUCAGGAGGCCACAGCUAUGAAUCCAGAUAUGACCGUCGAAAAAAUUGAAAUCCAACAACAAACACAAUAAAUUAAUUUUUAAUUGAAAUGCAGAACGUUUUAUUAUUAUUUUUCUAAGUUGUAUUUUGUUUAUUUUUUAUUUUUUUUACUAUCUUUUUAUAUAUUUUAUUUAAUUGACGAAUUGUUUUUUUGUUUACUUUUCUAUUCCUACAAAUUUUUCUUUAUUUUUUCAUUAAGUUUUCGAAUUUUUUUUUUUCGAAAUUUUGUAUACUAACUUUGAAAGUUUUAUAUUUUAUUGUAUUGCGUAUAUUAAAUAUUAAAAUAAUCAGUAAAUAUUAUCUACUUAUGUAAAAAAAAAAAAAACAAAAAUAUUAUAAAUAAAAUUACAUAAUAUAAGCUGAAAAUAAUUAUAACACAAAAAAAAAAGAAUUAAAAUUAA